GUUCAGCAACCACGAUUACAACAGCUGCAAGUUCAGCAACCACGAUUGCAACAACUGCGAUUCAAUCAAAUUUUAAUCCGAUUAAUAAUUGUACUUCAGGAUCAUUUGGUAUAAAUUGUAUGUUUACUGAUAGUAUUUGUAAUACAACUCAAUUAUGUUUCAAUAAUGGUAGUUGUAUCGAAAAUAAAACACUGGAAAAUGGAUAUAGUUGUGAUUGUUUGGAAGGUUUUGAAGGCAUUGAUUGUCAAGAUGAUGAAAGACUAUGUAAACCAUUUACAUGUUUUGACCGAGGUAAUUGUACUAAUAUAUCGAGUAUAGAUUUUAAAUGUACAUGUGAUGAUGGAUAUAAAGGUAAAAAUUGCGAAAUAACAGUAGAUUUAUGUAAUAAUGUAACAUGUCAAAAUGGUGGUGUUUGUUUUCAAACAUAUUUAAAUUAUACAUGCCAAUGUCUCUCCGGCUAUAAAGGACUUCAUUGUGAAAUAGCUGAAACAAGUGGUAUUAUACGUACUUAUGUUGCAAAAAGUUUUGGUUAUAUAGCUAUUUUAAUGCUUUCUGGAUUGAUCGGAUUUCUUGUUAUUAUGGAUGCAUUAAAGUAUAUAUUUGGUAUUGAUCCAGCUCAAUCUCAACGUAAUUAUAUGCGAAAAAAAUAUCUGGAAAAGUUUAGGAAGAAAAAAAAGAUUAUACAGCCAAAAGUGAUACGACGAUUUCAUUAUAUAAAUUAA